GUGCCCACUGUGCAUGCUCGAGAAGUGCUGCGCUUUGUCUACAGUCUCUGGUCAUCCCCUGUACUGUGUCCGCAGUCCCUGGUCAUCUCCUGUACUAUGUCUGAAGUCUCUGGUCAUCUCCUGUACUGUGUCCGCAGUCUCUUGUCAUCUCCUGUACUGUGUCCGCAGUCUCUGGUAAUUUCCUGUACUAUGCAGUCUCUGGUCAUCUCCUUUACUGUGUCCGCAGUCUCUGGUCAUCUCCUGUACUGUGUCCGCAGUCUCUGGUCAUCUCCUGUACUAUGUCCGCAGUCUCUGGUCAUCUCCUGUACUGUGUCCGCAGUCUCUGGUCAUCUCCUGUACUGUGUCCGCAGUCUCUGGUCAUCUCCUGUACUAUGUACGCAGUCUCUGGUCAUCUCCUGUACUAUGUCUGCAGUCUCUGGUCAUCUCCUGUACUGUGUCCGCAGU